GGCCCGGGCGAAGCCCACAUCCCUUGGCCUAAACCCUAGCCAUCUUCCCCGCCCCCGCUUCCCAAACCCCUCGGCCGCCGCCGGCGAAGCGCGCGGGCGAGAUGGCGCUCUACCUGCUCUUCGAGUCGGCGUCGGGGUACGCGCUCUUCCACGCCCACGGCAUCGACGAGAUCGGCCAGAGCGUGGACGCCGUCCGCUCCACCGUGCUGGACCUCAAGCGCUUCAGCAAGGCCGUCAAGCUCGCCGGCUUCACCCCCUUCCUCUCCGCCGUCGACGCCCUCAACCAGUGCAACGCCAUCUCCGAAGGGAUCAUGACCGACGAGCUGAGGAACUUCCUGGAGCUCAACCUGCCCAAGGUCAAGGAGGGGAAGAAGGCCAAGUUCAGGGUCGGCGUCAUGGAGCCCAAGGUCGGGUCCCACAUCACCGAGGCCACAGGAAUCCCCUGCGAGUCCAACGACUAUGUCCAGGAGCUGCUUCGUGCCGUGCGGCUGCACCUCGAUCAGUUCAUUGACCAACUCAAGCCAUCUGACCUGGAGAAGGCCCAGUUAGGUCUGGGGCAUAGCUAUAGCAGGGCAAAGGUCAAGUUCAAUGUGAAUCGUGUGGAUAACAUGGUGAUUCAAGCCAUCUUUCUGUUGGAUACACUUGAUAAGGAUGUCAAUUCCUUCUCCAUGAGAGUGAGGGAGUGGUAUGGAUGGCAUUUUCCUGAGCUGGUCAAAAUUGUGAAUGACAACUACCUUUAUGCUAAGCUUGCCAAGUUUGUAGUAAACAAAUCUGAUUUGUCAGAGAAAGACAUUCCAGCUUUAGCAGAUCUGAUUGGAGAUGAGGACAAGGCAAAAGAAAUUGUUGAAGCAGCAAAGGCAUCUAUGGGCCAGGACCUUUCACCAGUUGAUUUGAUCAAUGUCCAACAGUUUGCUCAAAGGGUCAUGAAUCUAUCUGAGUACCGUAAAAAUCUCUAUGAGUAUCUGGUGACAAAGAUGAAUGAUAUUGCACCAAAUCUGACGUCAUUGAUUGGUGAAAUGGUUGGAGCUCGCUUAAUCUCUCAUGCUGGCAGUCUUUCAAAUCUUGCAAAAUGCCCUGCCUCGACUCUCCAGAUACUAGGUGCUGAGAAGGCGCUCUUCAGAGCUCUUAAAACACGUGGAAACACACCGAAGUACGGCCUCAUAUUCCACUCAUCUUUUAUUGGUCGUGCAUCGACCAAGAACAAGGGAAGAAUGGCUAGAUACCUGGCAAACAAAUGCUCAAUUGCUUCACGCAUUGACUGUUAUUCAGAUAUGAGUAGCUCCAUUUUCGGUGAGAAACUGCGUGAACAAGUCGAGGAGAGAUUAGACUUUUAUGACAAGGGAGUUGCACCACGCAAGAACCUUGAUGUAAUGAAAGCCGCAAUUGAGGAGGGUAUGACCAACACAGUCUCAGAGGAGGAUAAGGAGAAGGAGAAUGGUGACACGACUGCCAAGAAAAGUAAGAAAAAGAAGUCCAAAUCUGAGGCUGAUGGUGACGCCAUGGAUCUUGAUAAGCCUGCCAACACGGCGGCAGCAGAAGAAGGGACAGAGAAGAAGAAAAAGAAAAAGAAGCACAAGCUAGAGGAGCCCCAGGAUCAAGAGAUGGCAGCCAAUGUCAACGGCGAGCAAGACGAGACUCCCAAGAAAAAGAAAAAGAAGAACCGUGAUGCUGCAGAGUCUGUUGAGCCUAAGACGGCCACAGAAGGGAAGAAGAAAAAAAAGAAGUCCAAAACCGAGGCUGAUGAUUAGACCAGAACCUCUCUGUUCUGCUUGAUGAAAUUAAACAUCUAGUAGUGUAUAAUUUAUGUACAAGCAUGGAUCUGAUCGGAUCUCGACUAUUGAAUCUUUCAUCAUCCUAUGGUGGUGCUGAUCACAUUUUGAGGUCUAUAAUGUGGAAGAGCAUGGAUUGAGGAGGCUGUUCAACUAA